GUAGGUUGUAAAGUAGUCCGCAAACGUUGCUCUCGUUGUUGGGGUUGCACAGUAUGAAUGAAUUAUUAUAAUUAAUUUAACUGUUAAUCCCGUGACAUAUGGUGAAUUAACCGGAUUUGCUUGGUGCUCGUCUUUGCGUUUUCCGGUUAAUGUGUCAGAUGUGAAAUAAAAGCUCGUCACAAUGGCAGAUGAAGUCUCUAUGAACUGGACAGUCAUUGUACUUACAUGUCAACAUAAAGACAGCGUUUAUGCUUUUCAGAGAGAGUUGGAGGUACGUCAAAAGCGUGGUCUUCUUCCAGUUGAUGCCCUGCUGCUUACGGUUCCUGACCCACACGCCCGACUGGGCAGCGGUGGGGCAACACUGAACGCCCUGCUGGUUGCUGCUGAACACCUGAGUGCUAGAGCUGGAUACAGUGUGGUGAAUGCUGAUGUUCUGCACGAAGCUCAUAUCCUCAUCUUGCACACGGGUAGAGAUUUUCCAUGGGAUGGCUGUAGCAGGGCUUUCUGCUGGAUGCCUGUACACAAAUCAGCGUCUGUAGAAGGAGCGGUUUGCUGUUUAGAUCUGCUGCUGGAUUGUCUGUCCACAAAGAUUUGCGUUGGGUCUCCACCAGGCGUUUGGGUUUGCAGCACUGAUAUGAUCCUAAAUAUUCCAACACGUCCAUUGAUUUCAUGGGAUGAGUGCUCUGAUGUUCGGGUCGUUGCGUUACCGGGUGAUGUUUCCUUCGCUGUUCAGCACGGAGUCUAUGUCACUGAUAAAGAGGCCAAAGUGUGCAACAUCAUCUAUAAGGGUUCGGAGGACAAGAUCAUCCGUGCUGCAAUGCCUGAUGGGAAGGUGCCAUUGGUCUCAGGGCCUGUGUUCUUCUCCGCUGUGAUUUCAGAGAAACUCUUACAAACUCACGUUAUUUCACCAUUGGAUGGCUGCACUUAUUUUGGCAUGGACUCUGGAGCUCCACCUUUCGAGUUAUCUCUCUUUCUGGAUAUCCUCAUGUGCCUUUGCUCUGACCUGACAGAGAAUGAGUUUAUUAAUGGAGAAAGAUCAGGCUGCAUGUCUCCCUCUGGACCCCAGGGGGCAGUAGUGAGGAGCGGCCGUAUGGUGCUUUGGAGGGACAUCAGAGGAGCCUCUUUCUCUAUGGUGUAUAUUCCAGAUGGUCGUUAUGAUUAUUUGACUCAGUCGGGUAGGGAACAUGUUGUUCGACUCACAGAAUCGGGACCUGAGAUGAUGAUUCUCUCUUAUGUUCAGGAUGUGAAGUCUGUUGCAGAGGGAAGCAGGGUGAUUAACAGCGUUUUGGAAGGAGAUGUUCAGAUAGCAGCAGGAGCUGUCGUACAACACUGCCACCUACAGGGUCCAGUUCAGGUGCCUUCUGGCUGCCUGCUGUCAGGUCUGGAUCUGCAAUCAUCACCCUGCAUCCAGCGUCUACCUCUGUCCAGUGACAUCAUCAUUCAGGGACACAGAGUGAUGCUUGGAGAGUUAAAGUUAACCGUGUACACAGUUUUUGGAGCUCAUGACAGUUUAGAGGCUGACAGUGAUGAUGUCACUGCUUCAUUCCUCAAUCACAAAUGGAGUGAGUUUUACAGUCGAACUGGAAUACAGCCUCUGGAUCUUUGGGGACCUGAAGCGACAAAGUCCUGCUGUCUGCUGGACGCCCGAUUGUUUCCAGUGUUCAUGCCUCAUUCAGGACCCAUUGGACUGGAGGGUCUCAGUUGGCUGUUGGGAGGUCCUGAGCAGCUAAAAACCUGGAGAGAAGCCUGGAGACUCUCGCUCAGAGAUAUCCUGAUCCUCACUGACCAGCAGGUGGAGUUGAGCUGGAGAGAAGAGCUGUUCUUCAGUGUGGGCCGAAUGAGAGCCGUGGACACUUUACAGGGUCACACUGAUCUCAGUUUACUGCCGUUCUUCAGAGCAGCAGCUCUAGCCGGACAACACGAGGAGCUACUGCACACACUGGACUCAGUGGCUGCAGGCAGCAGUGGUGAUCUGGGCAUAGCUGCACGUUGUCUCGCCUGCAUCGCAGACGUUCUCGGGUGUCUGGCAGGAGAGGGUAAAGGGGGUUUGCGCAGCGGCCCGGCUGCGAACCCUUUAUGGUCAACUGCCUUUAAGCUCCUAGAAGAUGCAAACUUACCUGCAGGUGUUCAGGAAUUGGCUGAGCAAAGAAAGCUUUGGCUCAGCAGGCCAGAUUUUUUGGUACGAGCUGCGAGGCAUUAUGAGGGGGCGGGGCAGAUACUUCUGCGGAAGGCGGUGAUGUCAGCACGCAAGUUUGUGUUCAUUGGCCAAGGUGUGAUGCCACCCAUGGGUGAAUGGCAAGAAGUGGAGUGUCCUGCUCGACUGGAUCUGUCAGGUGGUUGGAGUGACACUCCUCCUAUUGCGUUUGAACAUGGUGGAGUGGUGGUUAAUGUGGCUGUAAAGGUGGAUGGCAAACGGCCGAUUGGUGCCAAAGUUCGACGAAUUCCUGAACCUCAUCUGCUGUUGGUCAGCACCAGCGGAGAACCCGACUGCAGUAUUUCAACAGAAACAAUAUGUGGGGAUCUUACAGACCUGGAGGAUUAUUGCCAACCACAUGCACCAGGUGCUCUGCUGAAAGCCGUUUGUGUAUGCAGUGAUCUGGUGUGUUUAUCGUCUCCUCUAUCACUGAAAGAUCAGCUGUUAAAGCGCUGGGGUGGAGGACUGGAGCUGCGCAGCUGGUCUACAUUACCCCAUGGUUCUGGUCUCGGUACCAGCAGUAUCCUGGCAGGCGCAGCUCUUGCUGCAGUGUACAGAAGUACAGGACGAAGCUACGACACAACGUCUCUCAUUCAUGAUGUUCUUUACCUGGAGCAGAUACUCACCACUGGUGGUGGAUGGCAGGAUCAGGUUGGUGGUUUGUUUGGAGGAGUGAAGGUCGCUCGAUCAGCAGCUCAGUUACCUCUGAGAGUUGAAGUUGAACAGCUGUCUCUCUCUCAAGACUUCACGUCUGUCCUACAGCAACAUCUCCUGCUGGUUUACACUGGAAAGACGCGUUUAGCACGAAAUCUGCUGCAGGAUGUGGUGCGCAGCUGGUACGCACGAUUACCCUCCAUCGUCCAGAACACAGAGCAGCUGGUGAUCAAUGCAGAAGAGUGUGCUGAAGCCUGCAGACAGGGGUCUCUCUCCAGACUGGGUUUAUGUAUGGACAGAUACUGGCAGCAGAAGAAGCUGAUGGCUCCAGGCUGUGAGCCGGCAGCUGUGAGGAUGAUGAUGAAUAAACUUCAACCUCUGAUCUUAGGACAGAGUCUUGCAGGAGCAGGAGGAGGUGGAUUUCUCUUCUUACUCACACGUGACCCUCAACAGAAGGAAAAAGUGAGAGACAUUCUCAGUAACAUACAGGGCAUUGGUUCAUUCAGUGUUCAUUCAGUGGAGUUAGAUAUGGAUGGGAUCUCCAUCAUUCAGAAGAGCUCUGAACAUCCUGACUGACAUUCAAAACUCAAAUCUGAUUCACUUACACACACACACACACACACACACACACACACACACACACACACACACACACACACACACACACACACACACACACACACACACACACACACACACACACACACACACACACACACACACACACACACACACACACACACACACACACACACACACACACACAAAUCUGUGCCUAUGUAAAUAUUAAAUGUUCUUAUUUCAUAUGGAUUGCUUAUAUCAGUUUUAACACUUAUAUAAAUAAAAAUUUUUUUAACUUGCAUAAUACCAUUUUAAAAAUGUUAAGAAAUGUGAAAGAAAAGGCCAUAAGAUGUUUUUGUAUGUUGUUUUCUCAUAGUGUUUUUGUUUUAAAUCUUUUAAAUUUACUAUGACUAUAGGGGGACCACCCAUCACGCUUUGCAUUGUACUGCACAGAAGCUUUCUCCCUCUGCCCGCACGUCGCAUAUUAGGGGAUAAAUCAUCCCGCAUUUUUAUCAGUGUUUGUUUUUAAUAAACAUCCAUACGUUUUUUUUAAACUUCUUAAAAAUGUAGCGUUAAUAUCUCCACUAUUUAAAAGCGAUAUGUCAAAAGCAGCAAACCCGCUCACACAAAAAGAUGUGUUCGACUUCAUGGGGCACUGCAAGAAACGACAGGGAACAUUAAAGUAACGUAGGACCGCAAGAGCGAGUCAGGCCCUGUCUGAAGACCACAUCAAGCAAUUUAAGGCCACGAGACCAAAGUCCACAUGAAGUGCGCCAUUUGGGACAGGGCCUCAAAAGCUAGUCUUGCAUAGCCAGACCUUCAAUACUGAAGGUGUUUUUCGUUGCUUUUUCUGGACAAAGCCCACCAACGAGCUGUUUGACUGGCAUGUUAAACAACCAAUCACAGUUUGUUCCAUCUAGCGUUACGUUUCGGACUCCAAUGUUUAGCUGAUCAUGAUAGCUGGUCAUUAUUAUCCAUGUGAACAAGACUGAUGCUUUGUUUUCCAGGAAUCGAAACUAAUCGCGACACUCGCAUCUCCUGGAAAUCCGGUUUAUUGCAACCAAUCAUAGACCACUUCGACAUUCCCACAGGGUUUCCAGGAAAGUGUACGAUAAACAUCAGACGUUUAGCCAACAAUCUGUGGGCGUGACAUCUGAGGCUGAGACUAGACAAAAGCCGACCUUUUUGUAUGAUUUCUUAAAUCGCUCUAGUGGUUUUUGCAGCGACACUUGAAGCCAAACACAUCCAAAUAUAAAGUUGGAAGCCUGGUUUUAUCCAAUGGUUGAAAGGAAAGCAGAAAACGCUGUUAUUGAGAGAAAAGCAGAAAACGCUGUUAUUAAGCGGCUGUGCCUGUGACGGCUGUCAAUUUGGC